AUGCCCUACACACCGUCUGGCUUUUUCUGCGACCGGUUGAUCCGGGAACGAGAGAGGAGAGACGGGGAAGGGUCCCUGAACAAGCCGCUCCGCUUCAACGGCCAGGACUUCUGCUUCCAGAGGCAGGAGUGCCUUCAGACCAAGAACCUGUUUGAGGAUGAGUCUUUCCCGGCCACUGUGGAGUCUCUGGGCUUCAAGGAGCUCGGACACAAGUCCAACAAAGUCAAGAACAUCGUCUGGAAGAGGCCCAAGGAAAUCUGUGAGAAUCCUCAGUUCAUUGUUGGAGGGGCCAGUAGGACAGACAUCUGCCAGGGAGAUCUCGGUGACUGCUGGCUGCUGGCUGCCAUCGCCUGUCUCACCCUGAAUGAGAAGCUUCUGUACCGUGUUGUUCCCCAGGAGCAAAGCUUCUCAGAGGGCUAUGCCGGCAUCUUCCACUUCCAGUUCUGGCGCUAUGGCGACUGGGUCGAUGUCGUCAUCGACGACCGCAUCCCGACCUUCAACAACCAGCUGGUCUUCACCAAGUCCGCCGAGAGGAACGAGUUCUGGAGCGCCCUGCUGGAGAAGGCCUACGCCAAGCUGCACGGCUCCUACGAGGCCCUGAAGGGCGGAAACACCACGGAGGCCAUGGAGGAUUUCACCGGCGGAGUCACUGAGUUCUACGAGAUGAAGGAAGCUCCCAAAGAGCUCUACAAGAUCAUGAAGAAAGCUCUGGAGAGAGGCUCCCUCAUGGGCUGCUCCAUCGACUCCCUGGUUCCCGCUCGCUUCGAGACUCGUACUGUGACGGGGCUUGUGAAGGGUCACGCUUACUCUGUGACGGCGGUGGAGGAGUGUAAACCGUCUCAGCACAAGGACAAUAAAGUUCGUCUGGUGCGUCUCAGGAACCCGUGGGGUCAAGUGGAGUGGAACGGCCCCUGGAGUGACAACUCGAAGGAGUGGACCUCCCUGUCUAAGUCUGAGAAAGAGAAGCUGCAGCACCAGAGCGCCGAGGACGGAGAGUUCUGGAUGUCGUUCGAGGAUUUCAAGAAGAACUACACCAAGAUCGAGAUCUGCAACCUCACCCCUGACGCGCUGGAGGACGAUAAGAUCCACAAGUGGACGGUGUCUGUGAACGAGGGCCGCUGGGUGAGAGGCUGCUCCGCCGGAGGCUGCAGGAACUACCCAGACACUUUCUGGACCAACCCUCAGUACCGCCUCCGUUUGCUGGAGGAGGACGAUGACCCCGAGGACAACGAGGUGGGCUGCACCUUCGUGGUGGCUCUGAUGCAGAAGAACCGGCGGAAAGAGCGCAAGAUGGGAGCCAACCUCUUCACCAUCGGAUUCGCUAUUUACGAGGUGCCGAGGGAGAUGCACGGGAACAAGCAGCACAUGCAGAAGGACUUCUUCCUGUUCAACUCCUCCAAGGCGCGCUGCAAGUCCUACAUCAACCUGCGCGAGGUGACCCAGCGUUUCCGCCUGACCCCCGGGGAGUACGUCAUCAUCCCCUCCACGUACGAGCCGCACCAGGAGGGGGAGUUCAUCCUGCGAGUCUUCUCUGAAAAGAAGAACACCUCAGAGGAGAUAGAGAACAGGAUCGAGGCUGACCAUCCAGUGCCGGCGCCGGCCUCGGCGGGGGAAGAGAGCGAGGAGGAUCAGCAGUUCCGCACUAUUUUUCAGGAGAUAGCUGGAGAGGUGAGUACAGGGAGGACAGUCUCCCUCUGGUUUCUCUCUCAGGACAUGGAAAUCACAGCCAACGAACUGAAAAACGUUCUGAACAGAGUGAUCACCAAACAUAAGGACCUGAACACAGAGGGCUUCAGUCUGGAGAGCUGCAGGAGCAUGAUUGCUCUGAUGGACAUGGAUGGGACAGGUAGACUCAAUCUCCAGGAGUUCAGACACCUGUGGAAUAAGAUCAAACAGUGGCAGGGAAUCUUUAAACACUAUAACGCUGACCAGUCUGGGAGCAUCAAUAGCUACGAGAUGAGGAAUGCUGUCAACGACGCAGGCUUCCGUCUCAACAACCAGCUGUACGACAUCAUCACCAUGCGCUACGCGAACGAGAACAUGAACAUCGACUUCGACAGCUUCAUCAGCUGUCUGGUCCGACUCGAAGCCAUGUUCAGGGCGUUCCAGGCCUUCGAUCAGGAUGGAGAUGGAACAAUCAGACUCAGUGUCCUGGAGUGGCUCCAGUUGACCAUGUACGCCUAG